AAAUUACAAAAGCCUUUGGUUCCUUCCUCCAUCACAAAUCUCGCAUCUUCAUCGGAAGAAGAGUGAUGGCGUCGCUUCUCCAGAGAUUAGUAGAUCCCAGGAACAACUUCUUAGCUCGUAUGCAUAUGAAGUCUGUCUCUAAUCGCCUCCGCAGAUACGGUCUUAGAUACGAUGAUCUCUAUGAUCCUUUGUAUGACUUGGAUAUCAAGGAAUCGCUUAACCGGUUACCUAGAGAGAUCGUUGAUGCUCGGAACCAGCGUCUUAAGCGUGCUAUGGAUCUUUCUAUGAAACACGAGUACCUCCCAGCUGAUCUUCAGGUAUGUAUGUCUCCAACUAUAACUGAGAACUGAGUGAGCUAAGAGAUA